AUGUUCAAACCAGCCUUCAUCCUCCUUGUCCUGGCCUUGGCCAACAACGGAUUGGCCACGCCGUUGCCUCACGGGAGUCAGGACAGCUACAGCACCCCGAGCACCGCCUCAUCUCCAGCGGACACUGUCCCCUCGCCCCCAGUCCCCGCACCCCACGACUCAGCGGUCAGCCCGUCCGGCCACCCUGCUCCGGUGAUCCAACCUCCUCCCAAAGAAGGCUCGAUAGCUAGCUCUACCAACAAACCCCCCAAGAGCAGCUACAGCGACGCGCCCGCACCUGCCCCCGUCAAGCCUCCAUCUCCAGGCGGCUCAGUUGUCAGCCCUUCCGCUAAACCGCACGAUAGCAACGGGGCUCCCUCUCCGGCCGGCUCCAUUGCUAGCUCUACCGACAAACCCCCCAAGAGCAGCUACAGUGACGCGCCCGCACCUGCCCCCAUCAAGCCCCCAUCUCCGGGAGCAUCAGUUGUUAGCCCUUCCGCCAAACCGCACGACAGCAACUGGGCUCCUUCUCCGGCCGGCUCCAUUGCUAGUUCCACCGACAAACCUCCCAAGAGCAGCUACAGUGACGCGCCAUCUCCGAACGGCUCGGCUGCAAGUCCUUCCGGCAAACCAGCCAAGAGUAACUACAGUGACUCUUCGGCCCCUGUCCGCGCCCAGCCUCCAUCUCCGGUAGGAUCAGUCGUCAGUCCUUCCGACAAAUCGCCAAAGGACGGCUACAGCAAUUCUGUGCGACCACCAACUGGCUCGCUCGCCAGCUCUACCAACCAACCUCCCAAGGGCUCCUACAGUCAGACUCCCAAGCCCCCAAAGGACAGCACACCCAACUGGGCUCCCCCUCCGGCCGGCUCGAUUGCUAGCUCUACCGACAAACCCCCCAAGAGCAGCUACAGUGACGCGCCCGCACCUGCCCCCGUCAAGCCCCCGUCUCCGGUCGGAUCAGUUGUUAGCCCUUCCGCCAAACCGCACGACAGCAACUGGACUCCCUCUCCGGCCGGCUCCAUUGCUAGCCCUGCUGACAAAUCCCCCAAGGGCAGCUACAGUGACGCGCCAUCUCCGAACGGCUCGGCUGUCAGUCCUUCCGGCAAACCUGCUAAGAGUGACUACAGUGACUCCUCAGCUCCUCCAUCUCCGGUUGGAUCAGUCGUCAGCCCUUCCGACAAAUUGCCAAAGGACAGCUACAGCAAUUCUGCUCCACCACCAACUGGCUCGCUUGCUAGCUCUUCCAACAAACCUCCCAAGGGCCCCUACAGCGGCGCACCAUCACCGCCCGGAUCGCGUGCCAGUCCUACCGAAAAGCCUCCCAAGAGCAACUACAGUGAAACCCCAUCUCCGGUCCGGUCCGCGCCGUCUGGCCCAGUUGCCAGCACACCUCCACCUGCGACCAGUGCGGUCGUGAGCCCUUCCGCCCAACCCCCAUCGCCAAUUACUCCCGCCAGCGACAGCACUAAGGAAGGCUACAGCAACGGCGCGGGACCAACAACUGACGCUCCCCAAACCGGUACAACUGUUUCCCCCACGUCCCGUCUCGGCGAUGGCUUACCCGUUGCUACAGGCGCAGGCGGAGGACCGGGUGCAACUAAUGGCGGUUUCCCCGGCGGCAUAGGUUCAGGUGUGCCCGGUGAUGUGGCUCCUGGCGGCAUUGUGUACAGCGGCGGCGCAUACCCAGUCCCCAGCGGAGGCUCCGCUGCUUGGGGCGCUGGAUCCAAUGACCCCAGUGCCGGCAGCUUCGGCGGAGUGGCCACUGGAUUCAACGGGAUCGGUGGCGGCGGCGCUUACUCCCAAGGCAGCUCUUCUCACCAACAGUUCGACCACUCCUCGUACUCGUCCAGCGACGGGACGGCAUCGGAUCUCUUCGGAGCCGGAGGCUUCUCCCAGUCCGCCUCCAACGGAGCUCACUAUCGAAGCGACAGUAACUCAUACAACACCGGAUACUUCUAG